AUGAUCGCGCAUCCUGUGAUCGCAAACGUCGUCUCCUUUGACACCCACUUCGUCCGACAAGACGGCUUCGCCUCUGAAAAGACAGCAAGCGAGCGCUUCUUCGACGCCGACGUUGCUGCUGCCACGGAGUUAUUACUCAAAGGACAAAUAGUCAAGAGGUGGUACUACGAUGACGCCCCGGCCCGAGACGAUAUUGGGGAUUCGCCGUCUAUUGAGCAAAUUAUGAAUAUACUGGAGAAUUCCAGGUUUUAUUCCGAUGUGGGCUAUUACGAAGCUUCGUGGAAUCAAGUCAUCUACGGCGAAGUGUUGCGGCUGGCGGUGCCAUUGCCAUGUCGAGGGUCCGAGAUCAUCGAUUACUAUGUUGACACCGGAGGAUUCUCCCGCAAGAUCGACUAUUACAUGCUCAUCAACCCCGAGGCGCCAUACGCGAGCGCGAUCCAGGAACUCCGGUAUUAG